GAGGAAGGGAGAGAGAAAGAGAGAGUUUCUCACAAGUAAGCUGCUAGCAGUCUGCCGGGGGAGAGCGUCAGAGGAGCCAGCGAGCAGGUUGUGCACCCUGGGAUUGUGGAAUCUAAAAAAGCUCAAAGGGCCGGAGGUGUCUGGGACCAGGAGCUGCAGAGGAAGAGAAGGGACCACAUUGUGUGUGGAACAGAGUGACAGUUUCUUCUUUCCGUCAGUAACAUCCCCUAGCAACCGUCGCCAUGGCAGCUGAGAAAGCUGAAAUGGAUGCGCUGAAAAAGGAGUGCGAUGGCCUCCGUGCACAGAUUGAGGCGGCCCGUAAGGCUGUGAAUGAUGGCAGCAUGUCAGCAGCAGCAGGAGGGGCGUCCGCAGUGGGCCGAGUCCAGCUGAAGCUCAGGAAGACACUCAAGGGUCACCUGGCUAAAAUCUAUGCCAUGCACUGGUCCGCUGACUCCAGGCAAAUGGUCAGUGCAUCACAGGAUGGCAAGCUUCUCGUCUGGGACUGCUUCACAGGGAACAAGUUGGUUGCUGUCCCACUAAAGUCGGCUUGGGUGAUGAGCGUCGCCUUCGCCCCCUCUGGUAACUUGGUGGCCAGCGGUGGUCUGGAUAACAUGUGCACAGUGUACAACAUCAAGGCUGCCAGCCCCAAGACCCUCAGGGAGCUGGACGCACACACAGGUUACCUCUCUUGCUGCCGUUUCCUUAGUGACACUGAGAUCUUGACAGCCUCCGGUGACACCACCUGCUGUCUGUGGGAUCUGGAGACCGGCAAGCAGAAGAUCAUCUUCACCAACCACAUUGGAGACUGUAUGUCACUGGCUCUCUCCCCCGAUCAAAACACCUUCAUCUCUGGAGCCUGUGACUCCCUGGCCAAGCUGUGGGACCUGAGGGAAGGGGCCUGCAAGCAGACCUUCUCCGGACACACCAGUGACAUCAACGCCAUCUCUUUCUUCCCCAGUGGAAACUGCAUCAUCACAGGCUCUGACGACUGCAGCUGCAAGAUGUACGACCUGCGCUCCGACCAGGAGGUGAUUGGCUACCAGGACAGUAGCCUGAAUGCCGGCGUCACGUCUUUGGCUCUCUCCAACUCAGGCCGCCUUAUCUUUGCCGGCUACGACGACUUCAACUGCCACAUCUGGGACUCACUGAAGGGAGAGAAAGUUGGUGUGCUAUCCGGCCAUGACAACAGGGUGAGCUGCACCGGCGUCCCUGAAGAUGGUAUGGGUGUCUGCACAGGAUCCUGGGACAGCUUCCUCAAACUGUGGAACUGAGGCAUCUCGGCGGAGGAAAACACCGGGCGAGGAGGUGGAAGAGGAGAGGAAGGGGUGGAAAGGGAGAGGAAAAGGGUGAAGACAAGAGAGGAAACUAAACUAGGAGACAAGUGAGAUUGAAGGAUAUUUGGUGCAGAUGUUUGAGCUCAGAUCUUCCUCUGUUCCUCUCUCCCUCUCUGUUUCUUCCUCAUUCAUGUAUGCAAAAUAUGAGCGUUUGCGAAUGAGUUGAGUUGUAUAAAUGGCAUCAGGUAAACAGUGCACGAUGCAUCCCGCUGUAUGUGCAAGAGAGUUUUUUUUGUUGUUGAGACGAUUUAAACACUGAAAAAAUAAAAAAAAUAGCACAUUAUUCAAAAUUAUAAAUGAGCAGGAGAGAAGCUCUUAUUGAGAAUGUCAAUUAAGCUCAAAUAGAUUUUUUGACAAUAAAAAAAGAAAGAACACUUGAAUAUUGAAAAUAAGACUGUAGGAUUACAGAUUUAUUUUUAUUGUCUUUGACCUGUAAAAGAGCCCUGCACAUAUUUAGAUGACGUAUUGAUAUGUACAUUUAUUUAUAUUUUAUAGAUUAACAUAUUAGGAUGGAGAGUUGAUGUACAGUGUCUUUAUUUUUUCUUUCUUUCUUUAUUAUUUUGGGGGCUGCACAUAUCCUGAGCAUAUGUGUAUGGUAGAGCUGCCAUCUUGGGUCCCCUGCUAACAACCAGCAGACUUUGAUCCAAGAUGGCUGCUGCUGUUUCCCCAUCUCACCAUGGAAAUCUGAUGACCAACCCAGACGGAUGAAGGUUGGAAGGUGUUGCCAGGCUGUCAGGCUGUGAGACUGGCUGCCAGGUGGCCGUCCAACCUGUGAAACACUCUGUAAACUUUGUUUUACUCCCCUGGGCUCAGCUGCAUUUUGUAGUACUUUUACACUUGUGCAGUUCCUCUGUAAAAAGACGAAAUGUUUGUUGAAAAUCUUUCUAAUAAACAUAGAAUUCUGC